CAUAAUAAUAGUGAGCAAAAGCCGGAUCCGCGUUGUGUUGGGGAAAAUACAAAAAUGUCCACAAAAGACUUAACAAAGCCGUUUUACUACGGGAGCAAUAGUGAAUCCAUUGAAAACUUCGUUGACGACUAUGAAGGAUACGCCGCUAUGAAGGACUGGGACGAAACUAAAAUGAGACUUGUGGUAGGUUUGCAUGUUGCAGAACCGUUGCGUGAUUGGGUUAGGGAUAUUGUGGAAAAUAACACUUCCUGGAAAGACGUAAAAGCCGCCAUCCUAAAAUCCGCAAAAUCGAAGUAUGACGUUGAGAUGAAAAUUGAGCGUUUGAUGAACCUCAAACUAAGUGAAGAUGAAAGUAUCGUCUCCUAUACCAACCGAUUCGAUGCUUGUGCAAAAAGGGUGAAAAAUGAAGUUAGCAAUCGUGAAGUAAAACGUUGGUACCUCAGAGGCCUCCCGGCCAAGUACAGAGAAAAAGUAAAGCAAC